CAAUGAGGUCAGCAAAGGUAUUUAUUGAAAAUCUCUGAAUAAAAGGCUCCACGCACUCACACAAGCGCACGCGCUCACACACGGAGAAAAUCCUUUUGCCUGUUGAUUUAUGGAAACAAUUAUGAUUCUGCUGGGGGAUUUCUCAGCUGAGAAAUAGUUUGUAGCUACAGUAGAGAGGCUCAAGUUGCACGAGGCAGACAGCAGACACGGAACUCUUGUGUACCCAGCUGUUCCAAACAGAACAAAAGUCAAGGAGCAACCGCACUGCAGCAACUGGCCUUGUCACGACCUGUUUCUAUAAGGAUAUACCUAUCAGCUGUGAUCCUGAAGAAGGAAUCCUGUUAUUGGUAUCAGAAGCUAAAAGAUAAGGUUAACAGUUUGGAAAGAGCGACGACUUUUUCUCUCAUCAACCUCCAGUUCACAGAUAGGAGGAGGCCCAUGACCUAGGAGUAGCAAUCAACGCAAGAUUCAAUUCUCAUUAUGUUAUUCAUGAACACCCGGGGCACUACACUAUAAUGCGCAAAUGGAUACUGACAGGGAUCCUGCCAACUCUGCUCUACAGGUCAUGCUUCCACCUCGUCUGUCUAGUGGGCACUAUAUCUCUAGCUUGCAAUGACAUGAGUCCGGAGCAAACGGCUACGAGUGUGAACUGUUCCAGCCCCGAGCGACACACCAGAAGUUAUGACUACAUGGAAGGAGGGGAUAUAAGGGUGAGAAGACUGUUCUGUCGCACCCAGUGGUACCUGAGGAUUGACAAACGAGGCAAAGUGAAAGGGACCCAGGAGAUGAAGAACAGCUACAACAUCAUGGAAAUCAGGACCGUGGCAGUUGGAAUUGUGGCAAUCAAAGGGGUGGAAAGUGAAUACUAUCUUGCCAUGAACAAGGAAGGGAAACUCUAUGCAAAGAAAGAAUGCAAUGAGGAUUGCAACUUCAAAGAACUGAUUCUGGAAAACCAUUAUAACACCUAUGCAUCAGCUAAAUGGACACACAGCGGAGGGGAAAUGUUCGUUGCCUUAAAUCAAAAGGGGCUUCCUGUCAAAGGGAAGAAAACGAAGAAAGAACAAAAAACAGCCCAUUUUCUUCCUAUGGCAAUAACCUAAGUGUACAUGGUAUUUGAGAAACCAGUUUCAUUCAGCAGGGAGAUUUCUUUCCAGUGGACUUUUCUUCUCUCUCUCUCUCUCUCUCUCUCUCUCUCUCUCUCUCUCUCUCAGUAACCAAGAAAGGCUGGAAAACUACUGAAAACUGAUCAAGCUGGACUUGCGCAUUUUUGUUUAUUUUAAAAGACUGCAUUAAAGAAAGAUUUGAAGAAUAUACACAAAAAUCAGAUUUAGUAAAGGUUGUAAAAAGUUGUAAAAGUGGUUGUACAAUCAUGAUGUUAGUGACGUGAUAUUUUUCUUAAAUUAAUUUACCCUUAAGAGUAUGUUAGAUUUGACUAUCUGAUAAUGAAUAUUUAAUAUCACUAUCUGCUUAUAAAAUGGCUGCUAUAAUAAUAUUAAUAAUGCAGAUGAUGUUAUAUAAGGUAUGUCAGACCUAAAGGCUGCUGGGAUGCUUUGUCAGAUGAUCAAGCCCCACACAAACUACAGACGAUGAGCAGUGUUUGAAAGCUUUCCAGUGAGAACUAUAAUCCGGAAAAAUGAAUGUUCUCAACAUUUUAUUAUAGAAUAGAAUCUAUAGGUGGUUUUACAAAAUCACAGGCUUGGAACAUGCCUGUACUGAUUAAUAUGAACAAAAUCCACUCAAAUUGAAAAGGUAUUGCUAACAGGAUGUUUUAAAAAUCUGUAUAUAAAAUAGCAAUAAUGAUGAUAAUAUUGUAUUUCAUCUCACCACAAAAUAAUAUUUUAUAAUCCCUUAAAAUAAAUUUCAGAAAUCUUUACAUUUUUUCAAGUAAAUCUAUCUUUUGUAUAAAUCACAUUUGGGAACACAACUUUUAGUAAUGCUCUUCCCACAGAUAAUCAUGCUUACUUCCCCUCUGUGAUUACAGCAUUAAACUCUACUUUAAGUUGUAUUUGAAUUUUAUUGUUUUGUUAUUUAAGUUUAUGUUAUUUAUAAAGAAAAAAACCUUAA